GCAGCGGUGGGUCGAGCUCACUACGAACGGUCCAAUCGGGCCACUGCCGUCUUGGGAGUACGACCAAGCGAUGGAGCUGCAGACGCGGCCAGUCGGGGGACGAUACACGGCUGUGAAGCUGAGGCCAGAGCCUCCCGUCGACGAGGCGGCAAUUCCUCCAGCCCCUCACCCCACGCCGCGUCCGGCCACAAGCGGUGGUCGAAUCCGGCCGCCAGUUCCUGCUCCUCCGAUCAGUCGCGGACGGAGCGCCGGUGCUUUGCCAGCGGCUCGCGCCGAGGCGGUGGCCGUGUUCGGCCUGCGGGGUACAGGGCUGCCACCUCCAGCAAG